UCCCUGUCUGAGAGGGACCGAGAAAGGAGGCGCGCGGGCGGGAUGAAGGCCCAGAGGGAGAGCACCGCGUCUUGAUCUUCUGUUUCUGUGGCCGAGCGGGGAAUGUGAACUGAGCGGGCGGGCAGAUGGAGGGCUAGAUGGCGCAGAGUUGCUGCUUGAGAAUGUCUGGGAAAAGCGAGAACUUUCGUUCCUGAAGAGGAUUAGUAGCGGAGGGAGGUUAAGUGGAAAGGGAUUACGUAAUACAAUCCCUGACAUCUCCCUACUUCGUCCCCUUGGGCAGAGGGUAAACUGAGGCACGCAGAGACGAAACUCUGAAACCAGAAUUGAGACCACUGAUCUCUCCAGUGCCUCUUCCCAGAACGAAUCCUGGGGCUCCCUAGGCUAUGCAAUAAGGGAGCAUCCCUGACAUCUCUCCGCACACCCUCCCCAGCUCCGCUCCCCCCUCAACGCGGGUCGGGGGAGGAGACGCAAGUUCUGGCGCGGGCGACGACGGCUAACAGUCACCGCCUCCUGCAAGUGCCAGAGCCAGGCGGACGGCGCGGAGGCUGCGGUGGCAGCGGCCCCGGAGCUGGCCCUGCGGGGCCCCGGGGGGGAGGGGGAGCCGCUAAGCCCCCGCUGAGGCCGCCCCUGCCGGGCCUCCCCUCCCCCCCGGGCGGGCGCCAUGCGGGGGGGCCCGGGUGACGCGGAGCGGCGGCAGCGCUGGAGUCGCCUCUUCGAGGAGCUGGACCGUAACAAGGAUGGCCGCGUGGAUGUGCACGAGUUGCGCCAGGGCCUGGCCCGGCUGGGCGCGGGCGACCCGGACCGCGGCGCCCAACAGGGCAUGUCCUGUGAGGGUGACACUGACCCAGAUGGUGGUCUUGACCUGGAGGAGUUUACCCGCUACCUGCAGGAGCGAGAGCAGCGUCUGUUGCUUCUGUUCCGCAGUCUGGACCGGAAUCAGGACGGUCAUAUCGAUGUCUCUGAGAUCCAGCAGAGUUUCCGGGCUCUGGGCAUUUCCAUCUCCCUGGAGCAGGCAGAGAAAAUUCUGCACAGUAUGGACCGUGAUGGCACCAUGACCAUUGACUGGCAAGAAUGGCGAGACCACUUCCUGUUGCAUUCGCUGGAGAAUGUGGAAGACGUGCUCUAUUUCUGGAAGCAUUCCACGGUCCUGGACAUUGGCGAGUGCCUGACUGUCCCCGACGAGUUCUCGGAGCAGGAGAAGCUGAGCGGCAUGUGGUGGAAGCAGCUGGUGGCGGGCGCGGUGGCGGGUGCCGUGUCUAGGACAGGCACAGCCCCUCUGGACCGCCUCAAGGUCUUCAUGCAGGUCCACGCCUCCAAGACCAACCGGCUGAAUAUCUUGGGGGGCCUACGGAGCAUGAUCCGAGAGGGGGGCGUGCGCGCCCUGUGGCGUGGCAACGGCAUCAACGUGCUCAAGAUUGCCCCCGAGUCGGCUAUCAAGUUCAUGGCCUACGAGCAGAUCAAGCGGGCCAUCCGAGGACAGCAGGAGACGCUGCACGUGCAGGAGCGCUUUGUGGCUGGCUCCCUGGCUGGCGCCACGGCCCAAACCAUCAUUUACCCCAUGGAGGUGCUGAAGACACGGCUGACCCUUCGCCGAACGGGCCAGUACAAGGGGCUUUGGGACUGUGCGCGGCGGAUCUUGGAGCAAGAAGGGCCCCGUGCCUUCUACCGUGGCUACCUGCCCAACGUGCUGGGCAUCAUCCCCUACGCGGGCAUCGACCUGGCCGUCUAUGAGCUCAGCCUUCCAGGGUCUCAGGACACGGGACAGUUGGGGACCACUCUAGCUCACAGAAUCAUUGGAGCAAGCAAAGAUGAGCUUCAAAGAUGCCCAUCUCCCCCACAGCGCGUACUGGACCCAGCCUCUCUCUCCAGGCUGCUGUCAUCUUCAGGGCCUGCCCAUUUCAGUGUCAUGACCCUGAAAAACCGGUGGCUCCAGCAGAAUAGCCACGACUCGGCAGACCCGGGCAUCGUCGUGCUCCUGGCCUGCGGUACCAUCUCCAGCACCUGUGGCCAGAUAGCCAGUUACCCGCUGGCCCUGGUCCGGACCCGCAUGCAGGCCCAAGCCUCCGUCGAGGGCGGCCUCCAGCUCUCCAUGCUGGGUCUGCUCCGUCACAUCCUGUCCCAGGAGGGCGUGCGGGGCCUCUACCGGGGCAUUGCCCCCAACUUCAUGAAGGUUAUCCCGGCUGUGAGCAUCUCCUAUGUGGUCUACGAGAACAUGAAGCAGGCCCUGGGGGUCACAUCCAGGUGAGGGACCCAGAGCCCGCCCCCCACAAGAUUCCUCACGUCAAUCAUGAUGUCCCCUACACCUCAGCCGCUGGAGACUGAUGGCCCAGGCAGUGGAUCCCAGGCCCCCCUACACUCAAACCACAGGAUCUCCACACUUCAGCCAUGGGGUCCUGCGUGUCCACAUCCCAGCUACUGGAUCCCACAUCCCACGUUUCCCUGUUUCCCCCCACACUGGGUCCUGGACCCCCACAUCUUAACCACUGGAUCCCCCAUAACCCAGCUAAUGGAUCCUGAUACCCCAACCCCCAGGAGCACAAAUCCCCACAUCUAAUCACUCAGACCCCAGCUGUCUCAGGCACCAGAUCCAGUGUCCCCAUGCAGCACUGGAUCCCAGAUCCCCAACGCCACUGGUGGAUCCCAGAUCCCUAUGCUACAAGCCCUGGAUCUCCAAGCUCUUCCACUGGAUUAUGGAUAUCAAGAAACCUCAGCCACUGGAUCCUGACAAUGCAAUGCCUAGAUCCCGGGGCCCCAACCACUGGAUCUCAGAUCCCCUCACCCCAACCACUGGAUUCCUGAAUUCCUUUACCUCAACACUGGGUCCCGGGCCCUCUGCUUUGACUGCCGGAUCCCUACACUGAAACCACUACACCUUCAACCCCCAACCACCAGAUCCCAGAUUCCCCAACCCGCCGGAUUCUAAAACCACUGGCGGAGCGAGUGGGUCCUGGCACCACAGCUGCUGGAUCCCAGAUCCCUUCAUUGCAGGCACUGGAUACCAAAACCUCACCCAUAGGAGGCAGAUCCAGGCACUGGAUCCCAACCUCUUAACCCCUGGUUUCUGACCCGAAUCCCCCAGGCACUGGAUCCCAAGAGCUCAGACCCCAAGUCUAGAUCCCAAAAGGCCAAUCACAGCAUCCUGGAUCCCACAUGCCCCCGUCCCAGAUACACUAGAGCCAGAGACCUCCCCCCAUGACACAAGCCCCAUCGUCUAGGGAGCAUGCAGGGAGCCCAGGACCUGGCCUCCCGGCUCCAGAAAACCCAUAGGACUUGGCCAAUGUCCUGACCCAGCUGGAUGCCCCUUCCAUGCCCUGCACAGAUGCUGGAUACCCACGCCCCCGCCCCACCUCCCCAGCAUGGCCACACCCCUGGGCCUUAUGGAGAAACUACUCCCUCAAUUGCCCCCCUCCCCCGACGCUCUGCAGCAUCUCCCACCCCCUUCCCACCUUAUUGGCUGAUAAUGCCCCCAGAGCCUGGAGCCCUGUGGAGGACCCAGUCACUUUCUUGGUGGCUGGCAAAGAGGCAAAGUGAUGCCAGGGACACGGAAAGGGGACCCUCCCCAGGCUUCAGUGUCAGAAGCCAGGAGCAAGUCUACACAGACCACCCUUCCCUAAACCCAGACAUCCAGUUAUGCAAAAACAAGCCACAUCCCCCAAACUCACUCCAGGUCUAUUUUUCUACCAGAGAAGAGCAGACAACCCCCUCCCCCACAACUAACCCAAGCCCCCAGCCCCACCUCCAUACAUUCUGCACUUUAUAGAUGCAUUCUGAGCUUAGGAUAAUUGGGGGACCCCUCACUCCACUCCUCCCAAGUCCUUGGGAAACCCCAUUAAAUGAGUGAAAGAGGAACUGGGAUGUAUCGGGGGCCGGAGGACCCCCCCCAAGGCUUCCACCUCCCCCCACCGACAUCAUGCCCCACUUCCUGCCUGUGUGUGUCAUUUCAAAGGCAAAGAACAAAAGGAAUACAUUUUCUAAGCUCUUUUACUGUGGUUUUUACUGAAAGGGGUGGGUGGAUGUGGGACCACCGCAAAUACCCACAGGGAAGGGACAUGAGUCGUCAUCUGUCACACACAGUUCCAGAAGACCAGGAAAUGACUCCCUCUUUGAGCCUCAGUUUCCCCAUCUGUAAGGUAGGGGAAUGAAAAAGUCCACAUUCAUGAGCCCUUCUAAUUUUUCCGGUAUUUUUUUCUAAUUACACAAGUGUAUUAGUUUCCUAGGGCUGCUGUAAUAAACCACCACAAACUGGGGGCUUAAAUUUUUUUUAGAUUGAUAUAUUUUUUAUUGUGGUAAGAUAUACAUAACACUUACCGUUUUAACUGCUUUAAGUGUAUAGUUCAGUGGCAUUAAGCACAUUCACAGUGUUGUGCAACCAUCCCCACCAUCCAUCUCCAGAACUUUCUCAUCUCUCCAAACUGAAACUCUGUCCCCAUGAAACACUGACUCUCCAUCCUCUCCCCCAGCCCCUGGCCCCACCAUCUACUUUCUGUCUCUGUGGAUGUGACUCCUCUAGGGGCCUCCUGUGAGGGGAUCACACAGUGUCUGUCCUUCUGUGUCUGGCUUAUGUCACUGAGCAUCAUGUCCUCAAGGUCCAUCCACCUUGGAGCAGGUGUCAGGAUUUCCUUUCUUUUCAAGGCUGAGUAAUAUUCCAUUAUCUGGAUGGACCACGUUGUGUUUAUCCAUCCAUCUGUCAAUGGACACUUGGGUUGUUUCCAUCUUUUGGCUAUCAUGAAUAAAAAACAACAGAAAUGUAUUCUCUCAUAGUUCUGGAGGGCAGAAGUCCAAAAUUUUAAUGCUCCCUUUGAAGGCUUGAGGGGAGGAUCCCUCCUUGUCUCUUCCAGCUUCUGGUGGCUGCCAGCAAUCCUUGGCGUUCCUUGGCUUGUAGACCCAUCACUCCAAUUUCUGCCGGUCUUCACAUGACCAAACUUUUUCCUCUGUGGACCAUGAUAGUCACCCUCCAAGAUGCCCUCAGUGACCUCUGCCUCUUAGUAUCACAUUCUUGUGUAGUCCCCUCACUCAUUGUACCAAGGUGGGUCUGUAUGACCAAGGUGGUCUUAACGACAGGGAUACAUUCUGAGAAAUGCGUUGUUAGGCGAUUUCGUUGGUGUGCGACCACCAUAGAGUGUUACACAAACCUAGAUGGUACAGCCUCCUACACAUCUAGGCUAUGUGGUACUAAACUUACAGGACCACCAUCGUAUACGCGGUCCAUUGUUGACCAAAACAUCGUUAUGCGGUGCAUGACUGUACAGCAGAAGUGAUGGUAUAUGACUUCCAAGAUUAGGUUAUCAAAGACUUUUAAGCUAUGGUUUGUGAGGGGCUAAUUUGUCACACAGCAAUAGCUAACUGAUAUAUAUACGCAUACAUAGAUAUGAAUUUUUCACGCACUCAAAUAAGGAUCAAGCCUUGCUAUUUUGCAUUUUUGCUUCCUUUGAAUUAUGUCCUUAGGAUCAAUUCCCAGAAGGGUGAUUGCUGCGUCAAAGGAUAUGACUAUCUCAGAGUUACACCACCAGAAAAAUUAUACGCAAUAUACACAGCUACCAACAAGGAACUAGCAUUGCCAAUUUUACUGCAGCCAUACCAGCACUGAGUGUUACCACUUACUUUUAUUUAAUUGGGCCAGUUAAUGUCCAUUUUCUU